GUAGGAUUGCACGGCCAGCAGUCCACCACCACAAGCAACACACACACACACACACAUCCGACUACAAGCCAGGCAGCUAGGGGAGGGGAGAGCAGUGAGCGGCGGCGGCCAUGGUGAUCUCGCACUCGAGCUCCGGCGCCGGCGAGUCCGCGUACAACACCUUCUCGUCGCGCUACGCCCGCGUGGAGCUCCCGAGGUACCGGAUGCCGGAGAAGUCGGUCCCCAAGGAGACGGCGUACCAGAUGAUCACCGACGAGCUGAUGCUGGACGGCAACCCGCGGCUGGACCUGGCAUCCUUCGUCACCACGUGGAUGGAGCCCGAGUGCGACAGGCUCAUCAUGGACUCCAUCAACAAGAACUACGUCGACAUGGACGAGUACCCCGUCACCACCGAGCUCCAGAACCGUUGUGUCAAUAUGAUUGCUCACUUAUUCAAUGCACCAAUAAAUGAGGAUGAGAAAGCUAUUGGAGUUUCAACAGUGGGAUCCUCGGAGGCAAUAAUGCUUGCCGGCCUGGCGUUUAAGAGGAAGUGGGCAAACAAAAGGAAGGAGCAGGGGAAGCCAUAUGACAAACCUAACAUUGUCACUGGUGCAAAUGUUCAGGUGUGCUGGGAAAAGUUUGCUAGAUAUUUCGAAGUAGAACUAAAGGAGGUCAAGUUAACUGAAGGAUACUAUGUUAUGAAUCCUUCGAAGGCUGUUGAAAUGGUGGAUGAGAACACCAUAUGUGUUGCAGCCAUCUUGGGAUCUACUCUCACUGGAGAGUAUGAAGACGUUAAACUAUUGAAUGACCUUCUUGUGGAAAAGAAUAAGGAAACAGGGUGGAAUGUGCCGAUCCAUGUUGAUGCUGCUAGUGGAGGAUUUAUUGCUCCUUUUCUUCAUCCUGAGCUUGAGUGGGACUUCAGGCUACCAUUGGUGAAGAGCAUCAAUGUUAGUGGGCACAAGUACGGCCUUGUUUACCCUGGUGUUGGAUGGGUCGUUUGGCGGAGCAAAGGCGAUUUGCCCGAAGAACUCAUCUUCCAUAUAAACUAUCUAGGGACAGAUCAGCCCACAUUUACAUUGAACUUCUCCAAAGGUGCAAGCCAGAUAAUUGCACAAUACUAUCAGUUGAUACGCCUUGGCUUCCAGGGAUACAAGCACAUCAUGGAGAAUUGCCAGGCGAAUGCAGCCGUGCUGAGGGAGGGCAUGGAGGCCACCGGCCGAUUCAGCAUCCUGUCCAAGGAGGACGGCGUGCCCCUGGUCGCCGCCUCACUCAAAGACAGCACCAACUUUAGCGUGUUCGACGUCUCGGAGAACCUGCGGAGAUUCGGAUGGAUCGUGCCGGCCUAUACCAUGGCUCCAGACGCGGAGCACGUCGCGGUCCUCCGUAUUGUCAUCAGGGAAGACUUCAGCCGGAGCCUCGCCCAGCGGCUCCUCGCGGACAUCAAUAAGGUCCUGCACGAGCUGGACGCCCAUGCAGUCCAUGCCAUUAAGGCCACCGCGACACAAACUGGCAAGGGCGCCGCCGCAGACAACGGCAAGGUGACACAGAAGAGCGUCCUGGACACCGAGAAGGAGUUCGCUGCGGCAUGCAUGUCCCUGGUAAGGAAGAAGACUGGAGUCUGCUGAAGGACAUGGUCAGACGCACGCUUCAAGGUCGUUACAUCUGUGUAUCUAUAAUUAUUUUGUACUACGUGGAUUCCACUCCCUUUCAGCAUGGUCUGUGGUUGUGUACAUGACACCUCUCGAUGCAGGUUAGUAUUUGUUGUUUGCUUUAGUUUUGUUUCGAGAUGUUGCGUGUUUGCUGUGCAUCCUUUACUUCUGUACUGAGAUGAUUGUACAUGUGGUUUGUUGGGCUUUGCACCUUAUAAAUGCUGGGAAUUUACAGACAUGAUAGUUGUCUGAUUGG